AUGAUGCGUCUUAAAGGCGCUGGCUUCUCGGCAAUCGCCAACGCAUUUCGCGAGCGUGAGAAGAGACUUGGAGGCGGGUUGCCACUUCUCGACUUUGUGGAGAUCGUGCUACCAGGUUUACCACGCGUAAAGACAGCAGAGGAGAAAACUGCCACUGUAAGUGCUCUCGUCGAUCUCUUCGAAGAUAUCGACAUCAACGGAGAUGGGGUCAUGGAAUUUGAUGAGUUCACAAGCUUUUGUGUCGAUGCCGGUAUGGUCGCUUCUCGAGCACAAGGUGCCACUCUCAAGCAUCGUUACGAACGAGAUACCAAACAUGCUCUUAAAACGAGUGCCAUUACUGCACCAGUGUCGAACGCUGCCUCUCAUACCUCUACAAACGCUACCUCCUCUCCGAAUCCAGUUAGUAAUUGGAUUGAAAAGCUGAAAUGGUCUGCCAGUUUUCGUAUGUUUCUCGUAGUGGAGAAUGCAGCUCGAUCCGUGAAGAUUUUCACGAGUGAGGGCAAAUUUGUGACUGAAGUGUAUGUGACAAAUGAAAGGCAAACCCAGACAAAUGCAAAUGUUACUGUAACAUCAACACCCGUAGUAACUAGCCCCAUGAACGACGUCCUUCUUGUCGGUGAUGGCGUCGCUUUCGUGACGCCUACAAGUGUCGCCCCUCCGUCAGCUUCCAGUGUUUCGAUCUUAGAUGCAGUUUUUAUUCAUCGCUUUAUGUGGCUUGGUAGGAUGCUACGCUUCUGCGAGUCUUCCGCGCUGCUGUUGGGCUCAGGAAACGAUUUUAUUGUGAAUAUCUGGAAAGUUGUGGACGCCGAGACGAAAUUUCUCUGGCGACGUCUCUCGGUCCACGCUGACUUGGUCAUGGACGCGCUGGAGAUCCCUGUACACGACUUGUUGGUAACGUGUGAUCUUCGCCACACUAUUCAGCUCUGGGACAUCACAGAUGGCCGCAACCGCGGCGCUCUAAUGGCCCACGGACGCGGCGUUCGGCAACUUUGUUACUCGGAACAUCACGAUCUUUUGCUUAGCGCCGGUUUUGAAUUCGAGGCACUGGCUUGGGAUUUAGGCUCUAGACAAGUUGCUCUUAAACUGUCGGGACAUCGAGCGCCACUAGUUGGCGUGCAACUCGCUCUUUUCCAGACUGAACGCGCUAUAACUGCAGAUAGCGACGGUGUGUUUAAGGUCUGGGACAUCACCAGAGGCCACGCGAGCUCGACAAAUGCCAGUAUUUCGCAAGCUGUACAGCUCGAAUCCAUCGACUUGGGAGUACCUUCAGUACACGUCGAGCCCAUUUCGUUCGCUACGUUGCAUCCGUAUAGUCGAGAUAUGUGGGUUGCCACUUCUGGGAGCUGUACCCUGCAACGUCUUCGCAGUGUUCGAGUGCAACAAUUUGAUGAAGUUCCUCUACGUGCCUUUUAUCAUUCUUCUGCUAAUAAAUUCGUGGUAGUAGCUGGCUCCGUUUGUAGCUUAUGGGAUGGCAAAACUGGCUCUUGUACUGAAGAGUUCGCACAUGUGGGAAAUGUGGCUACGACUGGAGGAUCAAAGAAAGACUCGGCCACUACUCCACCUUCAGACUCGGCGUCUAGACCGUCGGAUCAUAGCGCUCAUAACGAGGCAGGGACCGAGUUAUUAACGUGCACACUCGACGCUAAGUGCAGGAAGUUGAUCGUCAUGUCGGAACAAGGAGCUCUCAGCGUGUUUAAUUGCCAGAAUUUCGUGCUAAUGCGGCAAUGUCAGGAAUCUUUUUUAUCGAAAAUUCGAGUACCACGCCGAAAAACUAUCGCGGGAAAAAAUCCUGCGAUGAAUUCCGCGUCCUCCUGUGCUGUUGUGGGUCUGCACUACUGCUCGGAAAAUAAACUUAUCAUUGUGACAGACGCGGGGACGAGUGCCAUUACCGUGAUUGACGAUAAUUCGAACCAAGAUUCGUCGAAAGGAAUUGGCAUUCUUCGACGACUUAUCAACAUUCCUGGUGGCAUUUCCUCGACAAUGUUCGACAAAUUCAAAACAAAUCUCGAAAUAUGCAAGAAAGUAUACCUGAAGAUGAAAAUGACGGAAGCGGCGGAGGCUGCAGCCCGGAAACUUUUGCUGCACUCGAAAAAGCGUAAAAACGCUUUAACGACGAAACCCGUGGUAAUACCCGAGCCAGAAAAGAAAUCGCCCAUGGAAAGUGCUUCUGCCGUGACGUGUAUCAAGGUGGUUUUUGACGAAGAUGCAAAUCGGCAUUUACUUUUUGUGGGCGACGAGCAAGGUUCUAUAGCAAUUUGGGACCCAACUGUGAUGAUACAACGGUUGUCACUGGCGAAGAUCCCAGAGAUCAAGUGCAAAUAUUUGCGUCGUGGAUACCAACCAAAAGCCAUGUUUUUUCGUGAUUUUCUCAAAGAUACAAGUGGCGUGGAUGGGAGUUUGCCGAGCCGCGAGAAACACCGACAAGCUGUUAGUCAUGGAUCUUCGAAAGAUUGGAGAGGGGCGAUGCUUCUGGGAGAAGAUAUGGAACAUAUGAACGUUCGUGCGUCACACACAGAUCUGAAAAAACUUUCGCGCCGUCGGCAAGAAACUCGAGGACCACGUACCGCUUUGAAACUUCCCGUACCGCAACAGACAAAAAACUUGCCACGUGCUCAUGCGAAAGAAACCGCGGUGGUAAAUGCUGUCGCAGCGGCGAAAUUUCUACUACGCAAAGGAUCAACUGCUACUUUGUCGACACGCCGCACGUCUCGAGCUUUAAAUAUGCCUCAAAAUGCAUCAGAGUCGACAAAGGCGUGGCCGGGUAGUUCGUGCUACGAAACUUCCCUCGAGAUGUGA